UUAUUUUUCUUGGCCUCCCAUACACUCACGGCGAUUCUGAGCCCCUGCUGUCCGGAUUCCCGUAGCUUUGGGGACUGGCUAUAUGGCAACGAGCGGAAAGUGCGUGUAGCAACUGAAAUUCUUCGAAAAUAAUAGAAACCAACGUGUAGGCUCGGGUCUGCGCAUGCGCCAGGUGUCAGGGAAUAGCAGCAUCUUACGGGCGGGUCGUUCAAAGAGGCUAUAUUACCAGCUGUGCUACCAGCAGGCCAUUUCACUACGGAUUUCGGGCAGGCGUGCACGCGCUCUCAGCACUGCGCUACAUGACAGAAAUUGCCUGCCGUUUGACUCGAGUGGAAAAGUGUCUCGUAAAGUGACAUGAGCAUUGUGAUACAGAUAUUCCUACAGUUUACAUACGGUUGUGAAGACAAAAAUACCGAUCGUGCUUUAUGAGUGGCUAACUCUGCAGUAACAGAGUGUGUACAGUACAAAAUAUAACCAAAGACUUUGUGAUACAACAGUUUGUGAUUAAGUAAGAAACAUAUCAGAGGCUUUCGCGAAUCGUGAGGAGUACUUAGUUGACUUGCUCUUGGCUGCCGUUGUCUUCCGUCCAACCCCCGACAACAUGCAGCUGACUGCCUCGCCAGACUUCGAUUCCUGCGACGUCCAGAUAGCGCCCCUACAGGAGGUGGAUGUCUGCUGCCGCCUCCAGGAGGGAGAUGAACCCACGUCCACCACAGACACCUCUACGACGGCGGGCGUAGCGGCAGACACCACGACCCGCACCAGCAGCGCCACCCGCCUCCCGCUGCACCUUCCCCUCCACUUCUACCACCUCACGAGCACGACGCACCUGGCCAGGACGCACGGCCACUGCAGAACGAGCCAAGACAGUGACCAUGGUGAUCGGUGCUCUCAGGACCCCGAGGAAGGUGUUAAGAAGAGAAAAUUCGAAGAUACUGUCGAUGGCGAUGCAGUGCAGGAGGCACGGCAGACGGCGGAGACCUGCAGAAAGCUUUUGAUCAACAGAAAGAGAGUGCUGGCCAACGUCGUCAAAAGGGACAACAUUCCUCUCUUCUACGUCUACGGGGACCUGCUCUUGAUACCAAAGUUUAAAUGGAGCAAUGGUGACGGUGUGAGGGGUGGCAGGCGGAGACCGCGAGGGGGCGACCCAGAAAUGAGCGCGCCCCUGGACCCCAGUGAGGCCCCCGAGGCGGCGCCCCUCCUGCCACGGCCUCGGACGCCGUCGCUGCAGCAUGUGGAAAUGUUCACGGAUGCUCAGUCCCUCGAGGAAGUGGGCUUUAAUCAAAACUGGUUCAACAGACUGGCGCAGUUCGUCAUAAGCGACCUCAACAUGUAUGGGGUCUGCGUCAUCGAAAACUUUCUGGGCGAGAGCCGGGCGGACCAGAUUCGGUCGGAGGUGGGCGGCCUGCACCGCCACGGCGUGUUCCACGACGGCGAGGUGAUGGCGCGGCAGGAGCAGGCGCGCGGCCGCGUGCGGGGCGACAAGAUCACGUGGGUGACCGGGAGCGAGCCCAACUGCUCCAGCAUCGGCCAGCUGGUGUCCGUCGUGGACUCGCUGGUGGCCAAGUGCAACAACCACCAGGACGCCGGCAAGCUGGCCAGCUACAACAUCAAGUGGAGGACGAGGGCCAUGGUGGCGUGCUACCCGGGCCAGGGCACGCACUACGUCAAGCACGUCGACAACCCCAACGGCGACGGCCGCUGCAUCACAGCCAUCUACUACAUCAACAAGGACUGGCGACCCGAGGAUGGUGGUGUGUUGAGGAUCUAUCCAGAAGGCAUGAACCAGGUGGCCAACAUUGAGCCGUUGUUUGACAGAAUGUUGUUUUUCUGGUCUGACCGUCGCAACCCCCAUGAAGUGAUGCCUGCCAGCAUUACUAGUAGAUAUGCCAUCACUGUGUGGUACCUUGACCAGAACGAGAGGGAAAACUACCUCUCCAGGAUCCAAAGUACUUCGUCCAGUACCUGAUCUGCUGUAGGAUGAGCAAGAGCAAAUGUUCGCAGCGUGUGACUCACACUCAGUGCAGAGAUUUCACUGGGAAAGCUGUCACAGUCAGAAGAGGCAGGAUGCCACAGGGUUGACCGAUACCCAUUAUCAUGAUCACUUCAGGAACAAGUUGAGUUAGAAAAUGGAAAGUAACCAUGUGCCAUACUGUUGACAUAGUGAGAAGUUUGGUGAACUAAUGGCUGUCUGAUGCCAGGCAUCUUUAGCCAUUGCCUUAUGUAUCCAAUUACCUGAAUAUGGAGACAAAUUAAAUUUGUGGAAGAUAAUGGUCUUUACCUCGUUGAUGAUAAAAACUUUAUUUAUAUUUUUUUCAUUUUUACAGUGGUCUUUACCUUAAAAAGAAAAAAAUGUACAAAAGGAAUUGUAUUCAGAUGUAUCAUAUGCCAUGACGUGUGCAUUUUAUCUCGCCUUGCAUUUCUAGAGAGAAAUGGUGUUGGAUAGCAGUGGUUCUGGUUGUAAGGAUUUAUCAGACAAGGAAUUUUCAAGACAAAGAGAGUAGCUCAUGUUGAUUUAUUGAGUAUUCAUAAAUUGGUUCAUGUCUCAAGAACUUCUUUGUCCUGUAUCUAUCAUCUCUUCAUAUCAUUGUAAAUUCAUAAAUCCAUACCAAGAAGAAUGUCUUUCAGUCUUCUUUCAUUUUACUUAUGAUUUAUGUGAAUAUUUGUAAAAAGCCUUCAAAAGUAAGAACAUAAAUUACUUAGAAAAUUGAGAAACUAGAUUGUUUAAGGAAAUUGAUUGUUCAAUCUAUAAGGGCUGUGACCUCUUUAUAUAUAUAUAUAUAUAUAUAUAUAUAUAUAUAUAUAUAUAUAUAUAUAUAUACUAAUUUAAGGUGGUGAUAUAAUUUACAGUCUUCACUUAAUGCCACAAAUAUUAUAGCCAAAUAUUAGCUAAGUAGCUUGGGCAUAUGUAUAGAGUGAGUUGUCACUUGACACAAAAGGAAGACUAGUGGAGUGUACAUGGUUGGAGAAAUGCUGCAUCCUCUGUGGGUUUUUGCAGUUGAUGGUUUGCCUUCUCCACACUUCUGUGAUGGUAAUGGCUGAGAACAAGGCUCUUUAUGCUAAUACAAUAAACAUUAUGCCAAGAAGAGGAGCACAAGACUCCUUUUUCCUUGGAGCAGAACCAGAAACAAAUGUCCUGCAAGGUAAAUACUAUACAUAUUAAGAAUUUAAAUUGCUCCCAUGUAUAUACUUCAUCUGUUUAGGCACAAGUAUACCAGUAAAAAGAAUGCAAGAAAACUUGUGUUUUAUCCUAUCAUUUGUUGAUUAUUUUUUCUCAUGAAAGCAACAUUAUUAUGAUGUAUAUAAGAUGUAUUUAAACUAUUGUGAUUUUGUAAGAUAUUUCUUGCUUGAAAUGCAAUGGAUAUCUAAUAAUGAUCUUUAGUCUUUGGCUUGUAUUCUCAUGCAUUGUUAGUGAUCAAGAAAUGUAAAUUUUGAAAGAAAAAAGAAAAAAAAAAAAAUACAGAAUGUGGGCAGUGCCCAGAAAAAAAUCACUUCCAUAAUCUGUGAAUUUAAUUGUGCCUGAAGUUCUGUGUUGCAUGUACUUGGUGCUAUAAUAUGUACAGUGAAGUAGCAGAAAACAUCAUCAUAGGAUUGGACUAGCACACUGGAACCAUGCAAGAAAUUUGAAAUACCUAUUAUUUUUGUAACUGGACAAUUUCUUUCCUACUUCGAUUUGUUUCACGUACACUUUUGUGCUUCCAUGUGGUUACUUUGUUUUAUUUAUUUGAUUUUUUACUUUUAUUUUUUUUCAUUAUAUUAUUUUUUUUUUCUUUUUUUUCAAAACUGGUUUAAAUUCAUUAUAUAAAAAGAAACUGUUUCCACUGUGCCAGCCAACUGUGAUGCAUGCAUUGCCAGGCAGCAGCUGGUUUGUACAUUAACCAGUGUUUUUAUAGGUAUUCUUUGACACUUUGUUACGGAUUUUGGUUAUUGGAGGGCAAAUCAGAUGGUUCCGAGCCAUGCAUACAACACUUCAUCAAAAAUUCAUUCAUUCAUUCAAUUGUCUCCGUGAAGUAAAUAUACUGUUCCAAGACUUC